CCCGGGAGUCACGGUGCUGAAACCGCCGCAUCAGCCACACGGAGCCACUCCGACACCGUCCAGCGAAACCCGAACUCACGGAGGGAUCGGAUUACACAUCUCCGAGGAAUUAUCUUUAGGAAUCGCGCGGACACGACGCAAAAAGCUGCAGCAGAACAACAUGCUCUCGAAGCGACCGAAGACAUGCGACGUGCACAAGAAGAAACAUCACCUGCAGAAACAUAACCUUUAGGUGUAGAUUCCUGAAUGAUUUCACACCGCUGAGGGAUGCUUUAACACAUGUGGCAUGCGACUUUGAAGCUUUUCUUCACAGGUAGACACAUAGAUCUCAAACCCAAUGGAAUGAAUCGAUCUUAUGGCUUCUGACACCUGUUUACUGCCUUUUCAUUAUUAUUAUUUAUCUAAUUCAGGAUGCAAUAGAGAUGCGCACUUUUCUCCGUUUACCUUGCAAUAAUUUUUAAGCUAGAUUCCAAAAGUGCAAUGUACUUAAUGCAGGUUGCGACUAUAAUGCACCUCUUAAAUUCUCAAUUGUAGCGUGUUGCAAUCAUUCCGGAUUAUCAUGGCUUGCAUGCAUUCGCUUUUCACAGCCUAAACUAAGAGGGAGUCGAUAAACGCGCGCUAAUUGAUUCCGGACGGUCUUGGAUGCUGCGCGGCCACGGCAUGCUGAAGAGCCGCUAUUGCGUUCUCUUCAGUGACCUCAAGGUGUUUCUGCUCGGGCCACAGGCUCCUACAAACCCCAUGAGCGGACAAACAGCCAGAAUCAGCCCGUAUGCCAAGGAUAACAACAAUACCUUACGAGCCCACCGGCUCCGGGACUGGAGCGCGCCGUCCACAGAGGAGGAGGCUGCGGACGGAUGCGCGUGGACGGGUGCCGCGGCGGAGGAGUUCCCCAAGGACCGGAGGGAUGACAGAUUCUCCUUCAUCAGCUAUGCAGAAGGAACCCCGGUGUGCAGGAUAUGCUUCCAGGGGCCGGAACAGUUUUGCAUUAGGACUGUCCAGUUUGUAUUAUUAUCUUCCAUCUUUUUAAUUGCAGUAAUCCAAACGGAGAUAUCCAUAUCAGACCUACUUUUCAGAUUAAUGGGUGAGCUGCUGAGCCCGUGUCGCUGCAGUGGCUCUGUACGCAGCACUCAUCAACCGUGUCUCAUCAAGUGGAUCAGUGAAAGAGGCUCGUGGGCUUGUGAACUCUGUUACUACAAGUAUCAGGUGAUCGCCAUCAGCACCAAGAACCCACUGCAGUGGCAAGCCAUUUCGCUCACCGUCAUUGAGAAGGUUCAGAUCGCGGCGGCGAUCUUGGGUUCACUCUUCCUCAUCGCCAGCAUCUCGUGGCUGGUCUGGUCGUCUCUCAGCCCUUCGGCCAAGUGGCAACGGCAAGACAUGCUCUUCCAGAUCUGUUAUGGGAUGUACGGCUUCAUGGACGUCGUCUGUAUCGCUCUAAUCAUCCACGAGGGCCCAUCCGUUUUCCGUAUAUUCCAUCGCUGGCAGGCCGUCAAUCAGCAGUGGAAAGUUUUAAACUACGACAAAAAGCAAGACAGUGAGGAGCAGAAGAAUAAUGAGGAAUGGACGCGUUCGCUGCUCCACCAGAGAGAGCCGGCGGGAGCGGACGUCUCUCCUUCACCGUCUUCACUCAUGGCUGCGGCUGGGACCCCGACACUCACAAACAUUACAGCGGACGCGCAGAACUCCUUCCAGACUAAUGCUCUCGCUGAGGGACCAGCUUUACCAGACCAACACUGUCCCUAUAACCUCCUGCAUUUACUGAGUCACCUACGGCCACACGAGGCACGAAGCCCUGCCACUAACAUCAGCACAAACACCACUAAACCUAGAGAAGUGGUAAUGAGAGUCACUACCGUCUGACUGGAGGCCCUCCGACUCUUUUCAGCACAGAGAAACAAUAAGCACAGUGUUGGAACUGUUGGAUUAUUUAUGACUUUUACAUUCUGAUACUGAUAACAAACAUGUGGGUUUUUAAUUGCAGAUGCUGAGAUCUUAAAAGCAGGUUGGACUGCUGAUGAAUUUAAAGGCACAGUUCACCUAAAAAUGGACAUUGUCAUUCUUUGAUGUUCUGAACAUGUAUCAUGUCAUUUUAUUUCCUGUGGAACACAAAAAGAGAACUCAUGAAGAAUCUUCACACAUAGAACAAUAACUUUUGUUUGAACAAUGAUUGUUAACAAUGUCAAGCUUCUAAAAGCAUCAUAAAAGUUUUUUUUUAUUAUUAUUGAGAAUUUUGGUUCUACAGCAAAAAUAAAAAACUUUGUAUCAAUGAAAGUUUGGUAUCAUUGAUAUGCUAUUAUACCUUUUCUAUUUUUUGAGUUAAAGUUUUAGUAAUUUUGUUGUGUUUUUGUCAGCUUUAUUAUUAUUAUUUUUAUUUGUUUAUUUUUUUUAUUCCAUUUUAAUUGAAGUUACUUUAGUACUUCAAAAUAUUUUUUAUAAUUUAAAAUGUUGCCUUGCCCACUAACUGAAACAAAAUAUUUAUUUUUAAAACUUUUUUUUUUUUUUUAGUUUAUCCUAUGUUUAUAAAAUAAAAUAAAAUAAACUUAAAAUAUAUAUAAAAAACAUAAUGCAGAAAGUUGUCAUGUGGACAUUUCUCUCUCUAAUUUAGUUUAGCUUGAAGUACUACAAUAACUUAAAGUGAAACUUAAAUAAUAAUAAAUUAAAAAUAAAUAUAUAUUUUAAAAACUACUAAAAAUGACAAAAACACAUAACAAGAUUACUAAAAAUGUAACUUAAAUUAAAAUUAAAUAAAUAAUAAUAAUAUAAUUAAAUAAUACAAAUAAAAUACUUUUUCAACAUAUUUCAAGAAAUUAUAAUAGAUCUCAAUGAUACUAAAACAACAUUUUAUUUUAGUUUUUGGGUGAACUAUUCCUUCAAACAAACAUUUGUUUUAAAAGAAAAUCACAGAAACAUCUGAAAACCGAAUAUGUGCAUAAUCCAUUGAAAAGGCUGAUGGGAUUUAAAUUAAAUGAUGAAUAUGUUAACGUUACAGACAGAGACGUCAUAUGAAGCCCAUGACCCAUUCACUGUCCAUAAAUAAUGAGUGACAGCUGUCAGUCAUCUCACAGACAGAUGCAGCAUAGCAGCUCAAUCAGUUGAAAAGCACAAACUCUCUCGCUCUUUUUCUCCGUUCCUCUCAUGCUUGCUGGUUCUGCAUGUUUUCAUUCUCACAACCUUUGUGACAAUAUCAAUCAUCUCAAAUCAUAUGACAGUCCUGAGAUCUAAGGCCCCUUGAGCACGUAAAGUCAACAUGAAAAAAACUAAUUAACUCAGUUUAUUUUCAUAACAUACACCUGGUCUAAUUUGCACAAAAAUUAGUGCAUGUAAAGAUUUAAAGGUAUAAAGAUAUAUUUUCUCAUAAUAACGAGAUGCUGUCAUUAAAACAUUUAAAAUGUUAAAACUACAUAUUUUCUUGUGAUAACGAGAUGCUAUGUUGUUAAAACAAUAUGUUGUAAAACAAUUCUUCUCAUUAAAACAAAUUUUAUCAUAAAAACAUGAUGUUAUGCCAUUAAAACAAUAGAUCCUGUCAGAGUCAAUAAACCAUUUUUCUCAUUAAAAUUAUCUGUAAUGUUGUUUAAAAAAUAUUUUUUAACAAUAACGAGAUGCUCUCAUUAAAAUGAAUAUUUCUUGUAAUAAUUAGAUGUCAUUAAAACUAUAUAUUUUCCAAUAAUAACAAGAUUUCAUUUAAAUUAUAUUAUUUUUAGAAAUAAUGUGAUCCUAUGUUGUUAAAAUACAGUUUUUGAUAUGUCGUUGUUACUAAAAAAUGUUUUAAAGAGGAAAAUAUUGUUUUAAAGACAUACCAUCUCGUUAUGUUGCUUUAACAAGAAAAAUACUGUUUUAACAACAUUGCAUUUCUUUAUUAUGAGAAAAUAUAUUAUAAAUAGCAAAAAGUUUUUCAUGUUGACUGUGUAUGUUACGUACCCUUUAAACUAAAACCAAAAUGGAAGAAUAUAUUUUUACAUAUUUAUUUUAAAAAGUAUAUUUAUAUGUGUAUGUGCUUCAUGCAAAUGAAACUGCUCUGAUUGGUGGAUCUCACCUGAGGAUUAUGGGUAGGCUUGUGGCAUCUACAGAAGCAUAUCCUCACUGAAGAACCUUGCUAUCUAUAUAUAUAUAUUACUGUUAAAAAUCUAAGUCUUUCUGGAAAACCAUGAUUUUAGCUCCGUAACAGAAGUGAUGUAAUGUGCUCCACUGACACACACUCAUCUGAAAUACACUGUGAUCAGAAAAGCAUGCAAUUCGUUUCCUUUUAUCUUCCCUCUCAUUACUAGAGGUGGAAAGGGGAAAGAGCUAGAUUGCUUCCCGGCUCCUGUUUGAAGUCUGAAAUGACAGUCAUUUACAGGCUGAUGCAGUUUUUCAAUCAGGACGGAGCGUCAGCUUCACACAGAGCCAUCUGAAAUCAUCCGAGAUCUACAUCCAUGUGGGAUCAGCAGGAUUGGUGGAAAGAUGGCAAACGUUCCCCGGAAAACUGAGUCUGAUUAUGUAAUGGCACCAUUAUUAUAUUUGUGAACCUGGAGCACAAACCAGACUUAGGAGUCAAUUUUUCUAAAUUGAGAUUUAUACAUCAUCUGAAUAAAUAAUCUUCCCAUUGA